GAUCGAAGCAGGCGCCAGUUCACAGAUUCCGCGUGCACGAUCUCAUGAGAUGUUAUAAACAAUAUCCCCGAGAUUUCAACAAACAGUCCGAUCACAACAACGGUGGCUGUGCUAAGUGUGAUGACCGCGGCGGCUUUACGCGAGUUUUCGAUAGUUCGUAGUCCUUUGGAAGGUGUCGUGAAUGUAGACUGGUGCGAAGGGUCUAACCGCAUUUUUCUUUUCGCUAGAGGAAUAUAAUGUGUGAUGGAACUCAGAUUUAGUGUCCUCCUCGUCAUCCUUGUCAUCAAGACUACGAACUCUCAACUAGGCGAAUUGCAACGGGAAAUAACACGACAAGAACCCAGGACGUAUUGUGGUGGAUAUCUUGCGCAGGCGCUCUCCACCAUCUGCAAAGGAAACUAUAACACCUUGCACAAGAAAAACAAUUAUUCCCGAAGAGUGUCGUGGGACACGACAGGUUACAUGUCCGACAUGCCUUCUGGAGACUCCACUUACCCCUUCCAGUCCAAGUCGGAGGCUACAAACUUCAUGGGGGGCACCCACAGGCGACGGAAACGGUACCCCCACGGAGUGUUCAACGAAUGUUGUGAAAAAUCCUGUUCGAAAGAAGAACUGUCAACGUACUGCGCAGCACCGAGUAAACGAAGACGAUGAAUCUGUGAUAUUUCCGUAUUAAGUGAAUGAAAAUCGAAACAAUUUUUCAUUUUAUCGGUAGUGAGAUGAAUCGAACGAUUUUUUCUGUGAAAAAGUCGAAUUUCGUUUCGGAAUGAAUAGACCGUCCAUUUCUAGCGGCUGUUUCAGCGCUCCCCAGUGGUGGAGUUUGAAGAUGGUGCUCACAUUCCAACAAGGGAGCUCCCCAGUCGGCAUCGAGACUCAAUUAGCGGUUUUGUUCCAAAAGAGGCUGUUCACCAUUUUUAGUUCAGAUGUUUGUGUUUGAUGGGUCGGAUAGAUUUUUUAAGAAGUACCACGGGUACUGGUGGGUUUUAUGAGAUUUUUAUGUGAUUAUUCUUGAGAAGUAACUCACAGUGAAUCAGUAAAUUAUUUUUUCUACAA